CAGUUUUGAAAAAAAAUCGUUGUGCAAUUGGUACCAAGGGUCAGAAGAUGAUUUUAACUGGACACAUAACUCUGGAAAGACCCUUUCGUGGAAUACAGGACCUUUGUCGGAUCAUACGACGAACUCAGAUUAUGGUUUCUAUAUGUAUAUUGAAGCAAAUGGUAAAAGUAGAAACGAUAAAGCACAACUUAUAAGUAAACCAAUCGUUCGUAAACAAAGUCAGUGCUUACGUUUUUGGUAUCAUAUGUAUGGUGAUCAAAUUGGAACUUUAAAUGUGUAUCAGAAACUGAAAAAGUCGAUGGAUAACAUUUGGACGAUAACGGGUAAUCAGGACAAACAAUGGAACCAGGCUAAUGUAGAUCUACAUCCAUACGAAUAUUAUCAAAUUGUAAUUGAAGGAAAAUUAAAAGAUCCUAAUUUCCGCCCAAGAGGAUAUAUAGCUAUUGAUGAUAUUUAUGUUGAAGAGGGACAUUGUACAGAACGCAGUAAAAUAAUAUGCACUUUUGAGCAACUUAGCACGUGUGGUCUGAGUAAUGCAUUAUACGACUACGAAUACUAUUUUUCCUGGAAUAUUGUACAGGGCGAUACCACAAGCAUUGGACCCAAUGAUGAUCAUACAACUGCAUCAGCAAAAGGAUCCUUUUUUCAUCUUGAAUCUGAAAGUUCUGGUACAGGGCGAUUAGAGAGUGAGCCGAUUGAAUUAACAGGACCUAUAUGCUUAACUUUCUGGUAUUAUAUGAUUGGUAACACUUGGAAUAAUCUUACGUUAUACACGACGUCUGAUGUCAAGUUCAGAAACAUCCUAUCUAUCUAUGGCGAUUCAGGAGAUAAAUGGAAGGAAAAGACGGUUUCUAUUGAUAUAGCAUAUAAUGAUAUCAUUGUCAUUGAAGGUUAUUUGAAACAACGUGGCAGUAUUUCAUUCGAUGAUAUUUCCCUGUCACAGGGUUCUUGCAUUGAGGAUAAAGCAUUCAAUCAAACGUGUUUAAACAUCUAUCAACAAAACGAAAUAGAGAAAUGUGCGACAUUUUACUUGCAAAAUGAAAGUUUAGAUGUAACAUUGUACCCAUCUUUUACAAAUUCAAAUAAUGGAAAGGAGUGCAUUGGUAUGGAAAAUGAAAUUGUACCGAACUUAGCUCAUGUUUGCAGAACAACGUAUUUGUACAGCAACUGCAAGUUUGAUUUAACGUCACUAAUUUGGAAUUACAAUUAUGAAUGUUUUACUUUCAAAAAGAAGAUAUUAAUCACAUAUCUAUGUACAGAUGAGAAAACGACUACAGUCUCGUCAUAUAGUACCACAGGAGAUUCAAGUGCAGGUUUAGUUGUAGGCUUGGUUAUUGGUGGUUUAUUACUAGCAUGUGCUGUUAUUUUUAUUGUUGUUCUAUUAAGAAGGCAUACAUUAAAGAGCAAACCCAGAGAAAAAUUGAAAAACAAUCUCGGCGGAAAAGACUAUAUUGGGAGUCAAGAUAUAGCUUUACCACAAACAGUGAGUCAUUCCAGCCAUAUGCAAAAUGAUGGCACAUAUGACCAACUUGAAAGUACAAAUACUAGUGUCAAUGGUUACGAAAGUACUCAGAUCAAUAAUGUUCAACACAAAUACAACAACGUCAGUGCAGCCGAUGGUUAUGUAUAUAAAGAAGGAGUUCAGAGAUCUACAAAUGCAGUCCGUCGGGAUAAAACAUUUGCAGACAAUCACAUGUCAAAUGACGAUGAAUAUGCAAUCGUUGAUCCUACAGCUGAAACAAGUUUUAAUGGGAAUAUAGACAACAAGACUGCAACAGCAGACAGUUAUAUGGUAUUGGAUCCAAAGGCCACAGAUUGGAAUAGUACAACGUUUUCUAAUACUCAUACAGAUUAUGAGUUUGCAAAGCCUGUUAGGGAUACUGGGAACAAAAUUGCCGAUGAUGAUCAAUAUGAUUUAUCUAAUGAUGGAGCCUACGAUCAUUCAGGAGAUAAUCGUCAUAAGGAACCAAAGGAUAAUAUUUAUAACCAUGCCGUGGAUACUGUUUACGAUUCCGGAAGUUACAAAAGAAAUACCGAAGAGAGAGAAGACACAUAUGAUCAUUGUAUUGGACAAAAAACUGAAGAUGAUUAUGAUAUCUCAUCAACGACUUGAACUCAUGCAAAAUACAAGUAGCAUAUAAAUUCUGCAUUCAAAUUUAUUCGAACAUAAUUUCAUUUACUUAAAAACUUAUACAAAAUGCUUAUAUUCUAAUACAGCAAUACAGAUAAUUUUGUUAUUAAAUUUAAUGGUAAUUGAUGUAUAUAAUGAUCAUGAAAUAUACAUGUAUAUAGGUGUUUAAUACUAUAAGAAUAAGGAUGUAUGGUACGAUUGCAAAUGAGACAGACAAACAUCCUCCAGACACCAAAUGGCGAGGAUGUCAACAACUUACAGUCUACAUAUGUGUAUAUAUCAACAUUUUUGCAAUAUUAAAAGGAUAGCCACUGUUCAAAUUUAUUUGGAACGUAAUUUCAUUUUACUUAAAAACUUAUACUAAUGGCAUAUAUUCUAAUAUAGCAAUACAGAGUUUUUUUAUUAGAUUUAAUGGUAAUAAUUGAAGAUAAUGAUCAUGGAAUCGACAUGUAUUUAGAUGUUUAAUACUAUAAGAAUGAGGAGAUAAGGUACGAUAGCGAAUGAAACAAAUAUCUUCCAUACACCAAACAGCGAGGGUGUCAACAACUUACAGUCUACAUAAGUUGCAAUAUGAAAAGGAUAGCCACUACUUUUCUGCAUUCAUUUUAAUGUAUCACAGAAAGCUUGGUGAUAACUGCCUACGAAAAAGGAAACAUAAGUUAUUAUACAAAAAAGUCAUGCAUUUGAUAAAGAUAAAUGCCAGACAAAUAUUUGUCCAUAUCGUUGACACGUUCAUAUCUUAUCUCCCUUAUUUAUAGUUACCACGUCGUGCGUUUAUUUUAAACCCUAAAUAAAAAUAAUGCUUAAUUAAACAUUGAAAAAGAACGGGGUUUUAUUUGCUUCAUAGAGUACAAUUACUAAUAUUCGUUGUUGACUUGAGCUUUACAUUUUCUACUUACAUAAUUAUAUUCUUUUUUGUAUUUUUAUUACAUCUUGUUUUAUUGAGUUGAAUAAAAGCCUUGUUUAAACUU